UGUUGGCAACUUCAUCAUCAACUUACUGUUGGUUACUGUCAACAUUUAAAAUAAAUAGAGAUGCGGGAAUUACGUAUAAAUAUUUAUCGGUAUUAAUAAAAUAUAAUGAUUUGUUUAUAAUUAUUACCUAAAUAAUGAGGUCGAUAAGAAUGGACUUGACUAGAGAUGAUUGUAGAAAAUGUUUAAGAUGUUUGGAAUUAGACGCUUAUGGCAACAUGGUCUCGGUUUUACGAGCACAGGGUUCAUUUACAGAAGACAAAAAACGUUUGCUUGAAGAAAUAGCUAAAGUACUUCAUAUAUCCAACGAAAGACAUCGAGCUGAAGUAAGACGCGCCGUCAAUGAUGAAAAAUUGUCAUACAUUGCCGAGCAGCUGAAUGGUCCAAACACCUGGACAGACUGGGCCAUCGAAGGCAGAAGAAUGAUCCCAUUGCUACCGAGAUUGAAAGCACAUACGGCAUUCACUGAGCUGGCGAAUAGUUUGUCCCUGGUACUGGCAGCUGCGAACGAAAAAAAAGCACCUGUUCUAAAAAACAACGACCCCAUAGUCAAUACUAAUACAAUAGUUAAAAAUAAAUUGGAGUCAUGUAAAGAAGUUGAAGACAAACUGCCUCUGCAAAAUUCGAUAUCGAACCCACCUAAAAGUACACGAGGUAGAAAAAGAAAAAAACCUUUGGCUGAUGCAGAUAAUGGUAACAAAAAAUUGAUAUCCCAGACUUGCGUUAAUGACAAUGAUAGUAAUGGUAAUUGUAUGAGACAAUCGGGAUCAUUGCCGGCAACUCCGAAGGAUAAAGUAACUGAAAAUACUUCAAAAUCUGAAUUAAUAAAUGAAAGGCUUGUAAUAAAUUCAACGUGUACUGUUACUCCAACGGUAAUGAGUUGUAAUGACAGUAUAAAUGACAUUUCAAAUUCAAGUAAUAUUAUAAAUGAGAUACCUCAAACUAACACUGCCAUUGAUAUUAAGUGUGAUGUAGAAUUAAAAUUAGACGAAUGCAUUAAUCAUGAAAAAUCAAAUGACCCUCCAAUAAUUGAUAAAAAGGAACCAGUAGCUGAAAAACCUGCUGAGUCGGAAGUCGGCAGAUCGAGCCCAACUGGUUCUCAAAUAAAUUCUGUUAUUGUCAGUAAUAUCAAACGAAUUGCGGCUGUUAGUGAAGAGAUUUCUUCGAGUGGCCCAGGUCCGCCGCAGAUUAAUUCUUCGAUGGUUACGUUUAAAAAACUGCCUACGGAAAAGCUCAAUCAUCAAUCUGUUACUAAAGUGGGUAUUACUUUAAAUUCUAAUAACACGAUUAAUAUAAGUGCAUUUUCAAAUGCUAGAUUAAGUUCUAAGCCCAAUGUUAUUGUACAAAAAGGUUCUGCUCAAGAUGUGAGAAUAACUCAUGGUGGAAAGGCAGCAAUAGGUAAAGUGAUAAUGGGUAGUGAAAAUCUUUGUCUAGCAGCUAAAACAGCAGCGGCAGCAUUAUUACCCCAUAGACUAGCUAGCAAUGGUGAUCGAAAAUUAAAUAUAGUGCCAAUUAAAAAUUCAUCACACGUAGACAUUAAAUCAAACACUAAAUUAAACAAUAUGGUUGUGGUCGAUAUUCAGCAGGAAGUACCUGAAGAAAAGUUGAUAUCGAUUUCUGAUACUCUGGAAACUCAUACGAUAAAUGAAUUUCCUGAUAAUCCUGACUCACUUACUUUAGACGAAACUGUUUUAAUAACCAAUCAGGUUAAUGAUAGCGUAGACAAUCUUAAUAAUAAAUUAGAUGUCCAUAAAAAUGUCACUGAAGAUCAAAGUAAUGAGGAAAGUGCCGAAGCUUCAGAUAGUGCACAAGAUUCGUGUCAAGAAAUAGUUAUGAUGACUGAGGAAGAAUUUGAGACGCAGGUUCUCGAUGGGCAGACAGAAAUUUAUAAUUUUGAACCAACGGAAGAUAAUGUCUGCGAAGUUCAAAUCGAAGAGACGGAUUCUGAAACAGUUGUCGAGGUAUUCAAUACAGAGCCGAUGGAAAUUGAUGAAAGUUUAAAUUACACAGAGCAAGGAGAAGACAUUUAAGUAGAUAAAUAUUUAUGAAAUAAGAAAAUAUGUAUAAAUAUAUAUUUUUUACUUGUAUAGUUAGACACUAAGUUUAAUUUUUUAUACGGUGACAUUUAGUUAAUAUUUUUAUCAAAUGUAAAAAAUGGAUGAGUAAAAUUUGUACAGUAACGGAGUACUUGAUAAAAUAAAACGAAAAAAUUAUUUA